AUGGAGCAAGAAAACUCUAUGAAAAGAUGGUGGUUCAAUUCGAUGUUAUUUAAGAAGGAGUUCGAACACAGAUGUAGGCUAACUAAAUCAAUGGGCAGUCUUGGUCCUAUUGAAAAUGCCAGUGAAAGUAAAGAUCCGAAUAGAAAUGAUACGGAUAAAAACAUUCAGGUGAAAGAUAGUAAUGGGGACAGUUAUUCUAUAUAUUUUGAUAUUGAAAAUCAUAUUUUUGAGAUUGCCAAUGAUCAUCCUUUUUGUAGUGAACUAGAAAGUUCUUUUUAUCGGAAUUAUAGUGAUCUGAAUAAUGGAUCUAAGAGUAAGAAUCCCGACCACGAUCGUUACAUGGAUGAUACUCAGUAUACUUGGAAUAAUCACAUUAAUAGUUGCAUUGACAGUUAUCUUCGGUCCCAAGUCUAUAUUGAUAAUUACAUUGUAAGUGGUAAUGACAAUUCCAGUAAGUGGGGCCACGACGUGGCAUUCGUCGAUGAGGAGCACGCAUUUGCACAACACCACGACAUGGCAUAUUGUUGGCCACAACGUGGUGAUGGUUUUUGGCCAAAACCCUAA